AUGGGGGAUAAUUCAGCAAUCAAACAAGAGCAAUCGCCCAACAUGUCUGAGACGACGUCAUCUAACGGCGCUGAAUCAAAUGGUGGGAUGAAUGGUGAGGAGAAUACCGUAGCAUCGACAGCAUCUGCAACGACGACUGCUCCCAAAUCUCCUAACGGCUUUCCAUCAAAAACCGACAAGCCUAAACCUCAUGGUUGCAGCACAUGUGGUAGACAUUUCGCACGUCUGGAACAUCUGAAAAGACACGAAAGAUCACACACAAAAGAAAAGCCAUUCGAAUGCCACGAGUGCAAGAGAUGCUUUGCGCGGAGUGACCUUUUGUUAAGACACCAGCAGAAGCUGCACACAAACAUAACACCGCCUGCGAGACCAAGAAAUCGACGAAGCAGUACUAUGAGCAAUGUAUCCGGAGUUGGCAAACCAAAUCUCAACAGGGUACGAAAGCACUCUAUUGUCAAUCCAGUGGGCCCGAGACCAAGGGCAAAUACAAUCACAAAUCCAGAAAGUGCUUAUAUGCAAAUGGCUCUGGGUCAAGAUGAAUCUUAUGCAGUGAGGAACCAAAACCAUACAAUUCAUCCUUCAAAUCAUGGCCAUGGUCAUAGUCGUCACGCUAGUCUCGCGAAUCUACCAAUGCACAACUCUGAUUACAGUGGAAUGCACGGGAUGAGUCCGAUGAGUGGAAUGUCCUCUGUAAUGAACAACCGCAAUAUGUCUCAUGGGUUGCCGAGGAUUGAAACACAUCACUCUAUGGUGCUUAAUGGACUGCGGACUGCGCCGGUAGCUGGAGGAUUUCAAAACCAUGACUUUACCUUCUCACCAGGCUUCUCAUUUCCGAAUGGAAAUAGUCCUAGCCCGACGAUAGACCCUAGUGCCUUGUUCAAUCACUCACCAGAACCAAUGAUCACAUCAGACUCAAUGAUUGCACCGGAUUCGAUGGUCCUUGAUUCCAAUGACACGUCACUUUUCACUUUCCCAGACUACUCGGGAAACUCGGGUAUGGAUGAUUCUUAUGGUUUCAAUGGGUUGAUUAAUCCUUUUAGCCAGCAUAUGACAUUUGAUGAGAAUGCUAUAAUAGACGGUUCAUCUCCUUCUGCGAUCAGUACUGCCAGUCAAAGUGGGAUCAGUGACGGUAUUAUGCUGGAUGGAUCCAAUAAUAUAGCUGUAAGCUCACCAUCCAUGUGGCACCAACCUGUGACGGGACAACCUCUGAUGACACCAAACUUUUUGGAUCAUGGUAACCAAAAUUUUGGAAAUUUCUCCAAUGGGAAUCCUAUGUCACCGCAUAGUGUGCCUCAGAAUCAUGCAAACUUCUCCACUGGAAACGGUAUAUCACCACAUAUUCUAGCCCAGAGUCAUGAUCAUUUUUCAAACGGAAACCCUAUUUCACCUCACAGCCUACCGCUGAAUAAUCUUCCAUACUUUGCUACUCCACCUCCAUUGAGUUCUUUGGACCAUUCUGUAAUGCCCGGAAUGAACAACACACAAGGUUUCCAACCCCCCAUGACUCUUGCCCCGGAGACCCCCAAUUCCACGACCGGCAAUAUCCACGGAAGCUUACCUUUGUCCACAGUUACAGACUCUACCCGUUCGGCCCUUGCGAAUGCCCUGGCCCAUAAUACAUCCUUCGGUGGACGAAAGUUUUCCGUUCCUUCUGCAAGCUCGCCAUCACCUCACUCACCUCGACCUCUAAUCCGAGCCAGUAGUGUUAGCGAAGGCAUUAGGUUUCACCUCCCCAGCACAUCCGAUCUCAAAAAGUAUAUUGGCGCUUACAUACAGUACUUUCAUCCACACUUACCAUUUUUGCACAUCCCUACACUUAACUUCGAUUUUUCGACUCCUAUAAAUGAUGCCCGAGGUGCUGCUACUUCUGUUGAAGGACCUGGAUGCCUUACACUUUCAAUGGCUGCUAUUGGUGCAUUAUAUGCAGGCGAUCAUCAACAAUCGAAGAUGCUAUUUGAAUCAGCGAAGAAAAUGCUACAGCUAUACAUAGAGGCCCGGCGCAAAGCUGAUGUUCGUAGAGCGGACCACCGUUCAAGAGCCCCAGAUAAUUCCACACACACACCAGUAUUUCUUGCACAGGCUAUGCUGUUGAACAUUAUCUAUGGUUUCAAUUCUGGCGACAAAGUAGCAGGCGAAAGUGCUCUCAUUCACUGUGCUACCUUGGUUAGCCUUGCCAAUGCCGUCAUCAAACCAGCAUCGUCUUCUCAAAGCGGAUCAUCACAACAGGAUGGACGGAUGACAAAUGGCGAUGAUGCAAUGAAUGGCUUCAUCAAAUCCGAAAAUCUAGAUGAUGAACAGGAGUGGCACCAGUGGAAAACCGCCGAGGAGAGGAAACGAACUUUAUACGCGAUCUUUAUACUCUCUAGCAUGCUUGUGUCGGCCAUCAAUCAUGUUCCUUUCUUAACCAACUCUGAGAUCGAGUCUGACUUACCUUGCAACGAAGAGUUCUGGUCGGCUGAAUCCGCCGAAAGCUUCAAUGCGCUGGGUGGUUCCAAAAUGGCCAAUUACAAUCAAACCACGUUUAAGGCUGCUUUGGGCGAGCUACUACAAGCCGGCAAUAGACAGCAAUAUCAGCAAGCACAAGCUCAACAUUUCGGAAAUGGGCACAAUGUUCAAGACUUGCCCCAAAGUGAUUUAAAGCCAAGUACUUUCGGAUGUCUGAUUCUAAUCAAUGCGCUGCAUAAUUACAUUUGGGAAACCCGACAAAGACAUGUCGACAGGAGGUGGGGGACUGAGGAAACUGAAAAGAUGUAUCGCCACAUUGAACCUGCCCUAAAAGCAUGGCAAUUAGCAUGGCAACGCACUCGAGAGCACAGUGUGCAACGCCCCAAUCCAUUUGGGCUGGGGCCGCUAUCGGCCGACAGUGUUCCUCUCCUCGACUUGGCAUAUGUUCGCCUGUUCGUGAACAUGUCAGCUUCAAAAGAAAUGUUCUGGAAACGUAACUUCGAUGACAUGGCAACCGAACUUGCCGGAGGAAAAGACACCACGCAGCAUGCGGGACACUCCCCAACUCCAAUACAGAUUCUACGGAAUUUUCAAGCGGUUCAGCUGCAAGCUCUUGCUUUCCAAACCUCUCCCUCCAACCAACCAGAGGGCCCUUCCGAUCGCGAACGUUUACUUAGAAAGGCAGCUUAUUAUGCAACAGAUUUCCUGGUGAUGUCAAAUAAGUUCGGCAUUACUUUUGCAGACUUUACCUCCCGGGAGCUCCCACUGCAGGCUGCCAUGUGCGCAUUUGAUUGUGCACAAGUAGUAGCCGAAUGGAUAAGCUUAGUGCAGGAACGCUUAGGACGCUAUAUCGGAAUUCUGGGUCAUGCGGAUGUCGAUUUCAGCAGCGUGCCUGCUAUUAUAUAUCUUGAAGAUGAAGAUGUCAGGCUUUUGGAAAGAAUUAAAGAGGUUGUCAACAUCACUGAAGCAAAGAUGCAACAUGAACUGGCAAACAAUAUUCAUAAUCAGAUAAAUGCCGGUCAGACAAACGCCGUUCAGAUGAAUGCUGGUCAAAGAUCUCCUGUUCUAGAUAAUUGUGGAUUUGGAAGCAAGAUCUUAAGAUUGACUGCUUAUCAGCUUGACAGAGCUGCAGUGUGGCAAGUAACACGUCUCAUGGCACGUGCUUUAGAGACGCAAGCUGUUCACAUGCAAACACGAGCAGAACGCUCUAAUAAACUAAAAGACAAUCUCUUGUGA